UGCGUCACCGGAAAACGACAAUUUCCUAUAAAUUCACUUCCGGUUACUGGCAGAGUCCUUUCCUGUCCACGGCCCGUUCGAAGAUGGCGGUGCAAAUCUCUAAGAAGAGGAAGUUCGUCUCAGACGGUAUUUUCAAAGCCGAGCUGAAUGAGUUUCUGACUCGCGAACUGGCUGAAGAUGGCUACUCCGGUGUGGAGGUGCGGGUGACUCCAACCAGGACCGAGAUCAUCAUCCUGGCCACAAGGACUCAGAAUGUUCUCGGAGAGAAGGGUCGUCGGAUCAGAGAGCUGACCGCUGUGGUCCAGAAGAGGUUCGGUUUUCCUGAGGGCAGCGUGGAGCUUUAUGCUGAGAAAGUUGCCACUCGUGGGCUGUGCGCCAUCGCUCAGGCUGAGUCUCUGCGCUACAAGCUGCUGGGAGGUCUGGCUGUGAGGAGGGCGUGCUAUGGCGUUCUGAGGUUCAUCAUGGAGAGCGGCGCCAAGGGCUGUGAGGUGGUGGUGUCCGGCAAGCUGAGGGGUCAGAGGGCCAAGUCCAUGAAGUUUGUGGACGGCCUGAUGAUCCACAGCGGAGACCCCGUCAACUACUAUGUGGACACAGCGGUCCGCCACGUCCUGCUGAGGCAGGGUGUGCUGGGCAUCAAAGUGAAGAUCAUGCUGCCCUGGGACCCCAGUGGGAAGAUCGGCCCCAAGAAGCCCCUCCCUGACCACGUCAGCAUCGUGGAGCCCAAGGAGGAGAGCCUCCCCACCGCCCCCAUCUCUGAGCAGAAGGGGGCCAAGCCGGAGGUGCCCGUCAUGCCCCAGGGAGCCCCGGUCCCCACCGCAUAGGAGGGUCGAUCACGGUUCUGCUGGAUGGAGAAGAGUCUGUGACUUUUGUGUACAAAACCAAUAAAAUCUGGAAAAUACA